AUGGCAGACAUAGAACAGGGAAAUCAAACAUCUAUCACGGAGUUCAUCCUCUUGGGAUUUGAGGAGCUCGUUGACCUGCAGAUCUUUCUCUUCCUGCUGUUUCUAGUCAUCUAUAUUGUGACUGUUGCUGGGAACAUCCUCAUUGUGGUGCUGAUUGUGGCUGAUCAGCACCUUCACACCCCCAUGUACCUCUUCUUGGGAAACCUGUCCUGCUUGGAGACCUGCUACACCUCUACCAUCCUUCCCAGGAUGCUGGCCAGUUUCCUGACUGCAAUAAUAAAACUAUCCUGCAGCGACACUCACGUGAUGGAACUUGUCACGUCCAUGCUGACAUUUAUAACUACCCUGCCCCCAUUUCUACUAACCUUGGCAACCUACGUUUAUAUUAUAUCUACCAUCCUGAGAAUUCCUUCUACCAACGGAAAGCAAAAGGCCUUUUCCACCUGUUCCUCUCACCUCAUCGUAGUUACAGUUUUCUAUGGGGCCAUAAUGAUUGUCUACAUGCUGCCAAAAACUGACACCCUGCGAGAUCUGAACAAAGUGUUCUCUGUCUUGUACACAGUUCUGACUCCACUGGUGAACCCCCUCAUCUACAGCCUGAGAAACAAAGAGGUGAAGGAGGCCCUGAGAAAAGCUGCCAGGAAAUGUUUAGCUUUCACAAGAAUGUAA